GAUGGAGGAGGACAAGGUGUUGUGUUUACCAAGGUUGUCCCAGGUUGCUGUGUGCGGCGGUACCCAUGGCAAUGAGCUGUCUGGGGUGUACUUGGUGAGGGAGCUGCUGAAGGCGAAGAAGAACGUGACAAAGCAGGAGGAUGAGGAGGAAGAGGCUGUGCCCUUGCUGAUGGUGCUGUCACACCCAUUACAGCAGUGCUUCAGAUACAUUGACACCGACCUGAACCGGUGCUUCACCCAUGCGUCGCUCAGUGGUCCCAUGUCAGGCAUGACCCCCUAUGAGAUAAUCAGGGCCAGACAACUGAACACAAUGCUGGGUCCCAAAGGCAGUCAUGGGGCGGUGGAUCUUGUUUGUGACCUCCACAACACCACUGCCAACAUGGGCCUAUGCCUCAUCACGUACUCUGACUGUGAUUGGAUCUGCCUGCACAUAUUCAGACACCUUCAGAAACAGAUGCCAGAUAUUCCACUGAGGUACAUCCAUUUCGAUGUCUCUAAUAAAGAAUCAUACUCUCUUGAUUCAGUUGGAAAACAUGGCUUUGCCAUGGAGAUUGGCCCUCAGCCCCACGGUGUGGUGAGGUCAAACAUCUAUAUGGCUAUGAAAGCUGGUGUGCAGCACAUGCUCGACUGGGUCCAGUCCUUCAACUCAGGUAGUACUUUUGAAGAAGGAUUUGUGGAUGUGUUCACCAUGGUUAAACACAUCGACUACCCAAGAGACAGUGAGACUCGCACCAUCACAGCAGCCAUUCAUCCUCAGCUCCAGGACCAAGACUUCUGUCUGCUCCGUCCUGGAGGCCCGCUGUUCCAGACUUUCUCAGGUGAAACACUGAGGUAUAAAGGUGAUGAGCCCCUUUAUCCCUUCUUUAUCAAUGAAUGUGCCUAUUAUGAGAAGGGCAUCGCUCUGUCCCUAGCCAGAAAGAGACAGGUGAUGGUUCCUGCAAUCCGGGUGCAGACAGAGCAGGAGCAACAAGCUAACAACCAGAGAUUUGCAUCUGAAGAAGAGGAGUAAGGAUGGACUUGCCAUGAUCAGGCUAAAAACAGUUUAUUGAAAUUUCAGCAGUUGCUUGGAAUAUGCAUGUGUACACUACAUACUCACACACAAUAUUUAAGUGUGCAGUUAUUAAGCAUUUCAGUGCACAGCUGGAGAAUGAACAACCAAUUCACUGUAGAUUCACAAGCUGUUCUAUUUACACUACAGCAGAUUCAGGGACACUUAAUGGUGGAAUAUUAUCAGACCACACACACAGUGCAUCAUUGAGCAGACAUUCAUAAAUUUCAUGGAGCCUUCACAGUGGUGUGUUACUCUAUAUC